AUCAGACCCUUUUUUUUGUCUCUCGAUCGCUGUCUCGCGACCAAACUCCGAUGUGUUCCGUUAUCAGCGACCUAAAGGCUGCCAUUCCAGCACCUGUCUUGCUAGGGAUCGGUGGAUAGUACACGAUUCAGAAAGCAGACAAGGACAUAGGAGGCGAGAGAGCUCUAGAGAGACAGCCAGGGAUAGGCACAGAGAGCUUUGAAGUAAUUGGAUUCAAUGGACGAAAUGCUGCUGUUGACAAGAAUUCUCUUGGUGGGCUUCGUCUGCGCUCUUUUAGUCUCCUCUGGGCUGACUUGUGGACCAGGCAGGGGCAUUGGAAAAAGGAGGCACCCCAAAAAGCUGACCCCUUUAGCCUAUAAGCAGUUUAUUCCCAAUGUGGCAGAGAAGACCCUAGGGGCCAGUGGAAGAUAUGAAGGGAAGAUCACAAGAAACUCCGAGAGAUUUAAAGAACUAACCCCAAAUUACAACCCUGACAUUAUUUUUAAGGAUGAAGAGAACACGGGAGCUGACAGACUGAUGACUCAGCGCUGCAAGGACAAGCUCAACGCGCUGGCCAUCUCCGUGAUGAACCAGUGGCCCGGGGUGAAGCUGCGGGUCACCGAGGGCUGGGACGAGGACGGCCACCACUCCGAGGAGUCGCUGCACUACGAGGGCCGCGCCGUGGACAUCACCACGUCGGACCGCGACCGCAGCAAGUACGGCAUGUUGGCCCGCCUCGCCGUCGAGGCCGGCUUCGACUGGGUCUACUACGAGUCCAAGGCGCACAUCCAUUGCUCCGUGAAAGCAGAGAACUCGGUGGCGGCCAAGUCCGGCGGCUGCUUCCCUGGCUCGGCCGUGGUGCACCUGGAGCAUGGCGGCACCAAGCUGGUGAAGGACCUGAGCCCCGGGGACCGCGUGCUGGCGGCCGACGCGCAGGGCCGCCUGCUCUACAGCGACUUCCUGGCCUUCCUGGACCGCGAGGACGGCUCGCCCAAGCUCUUCUACGCCAUCGAGACGCGGCAGCCGCCGGCGCGGCUGCUGCUCACGGCCGCCCACCUGCUCUUCGUGGCACCCCAGCACAACGGGUCGGAGGCGGCGGCGGCGCCGCGGAGCCGGGCGCUCUUUGCGAGCCGCGUGCGGCCCGGCCAGCGCGUCUACGUGCUGGGCGAGGGCGGGCGGCGCCUGCUGCCGGCCGCUGUGCACCGCGUGCAGCUGCAGGAGGAGGCGUCGGGCGCCUACGCGCCGCUCACCGCCCAGGGCACCAUCCUCAUCGACCGCGUGCUGGCCUCCUGCUACGCCGUCAUCGAGGAGCACGGCUGGGCCCACUGGGCCUUCGCGCCCUUCCGCCUGGCCCACGGGCUGCUGGCCGCGCUGGGCCCCGCGGCGGCCGCCGCCGAGCCGCCCGCCGCCGGCCUCCACUGGUACUCGCGCCUCCUCUACCACAUCGGCAGCUGGGUGCUGGAGAGCGACGCGCUGCACCCGCUGGGCAUGGCGGCGCCCGCCAGCUGAGAGCGCCGCGGGGCGCCCGGCACCCCCACGCACCCCGCUCCCAAAGGAGGAACCAGACAGCAAAGAGGGAGAAAACAACAACAAGAAGAAAAGAACCCCACGAGCGUCCCAGAGCGAGCGCGGAUGAUGGAGACUCAAAGAUAAUAAUAAUAAAAUAAUAAUAAUAAAGUAGGACAGUCCAAAGUAGACUUUAAGGGAGACAAAGACCCCGGGAAGUUCCGUUCUGUUUAGUUUAUAAAUAUAUAUAUAUUUUUAUUUGUUCUUCUGUUUCGUCGUUU